AUGAAGACGAUGCUCUCGAUCACGACAAUCGCGCUGCCCCUUGCGGCGGCGACGACGCACUUGCGUCUCGCCAAUGGCCCGCACAUGUCGGCGGCGAUUGAUGUCGGGGCGCAGUCGUGGUCCCGCUGCAGCAAGGCCACGCCGUGCGCGGACGGUCUCAGCUGCCAAUGGACGCUCGACCUCGAGUCCCAAGUGUGCAAGCAGGUGGUCGGCCUUGUCAACAUCGUGUACGCAGGGUACCUCGAGCUCAAGGACAUCGACUUGAACCCGGGCAAGGACCUCAAGGACGCCGGCAACAAGUCGUCGCUCUUCGACUGCGUCGAGGCGUGCCAGAAGGACAGCGCGUGUUAUGGCACGUCCCAAAACAAGAACGACCACUGGCAGUGCUACCUCAAGCACACGGCGACGAAUUAUAUGAACGCGCCGGGCGUGCAGUCGACGCUAUACUACCGAAAGAACAACUUUUGCUUUGGCAACGCCGAGCUCGCCGCCGACACGACCAACGUGCCCGUGCUCGGGUUCGACGGCAGUUUUGACGACUGCUACAAGUGUUAUGACAACGGAAGCGAGUACAAUGCGUUCACGUGGGGCUUGAGCGCAGACAAGUCGACGGGCCACUGCCGCUGCUUCCACACGGAUGCCACAAACAACAACCUUAAGCCUUCGCCGUCGACUACGUACGCGGCCACGUGCGCCAAGGCAUACGUCAUUUAAACACGCAGCAAUGUCACUUGUCUUCCAACAUCAA